ACAAAAAGCUUUGUUGCUUGUAGAUUGUUUGUUUAUGUAAAUUGACAUGGUGCAUUUUAUUAUGCAACGGGGAAAGGCUCUAAGUGACAAGAAAAGUGCUGAUUGGACAGCCUCUUGGAAAGGGACCUCUGACAAAGCCAAGGCAAAUCCUGACAUUAUUCCCUGCUUGGCUGCAACAACUUCAGGAGGACGGAAAGCUUGUUGACUCUUCAAUAUAUCUAUUUGGUGGGGGAGGGAUAGUUGUGGAUGGUUUGAUUUUUGCAGCAAUUCUGGGAUACCAGAUAAUCUCUGGACACAUAUCCCCAAGGAACCUCUUGGAUACUGCAGGAAUCAUGACAGAAGAUGUCCAAGUUCCAACCAGCAUGUCUGAAUAUAAUCGGAACGUGCCCUCUGAAAAACCUCAGCUCCAGGUCAUUGAUAUUAUUGAUCAAAUUGCAAAUUCUGUCGAGGUAUUUCCUUACGAAACCGCAGAGCCUAUUCCUGGUUCCCCGCUUGCACAAGGAAACCGAGGAGGAGGCAAACAUUUAGCAAAGAGCACAGCAUACGAAGUUUCAGUUGGGAUAAAGGAAAUUCAAGGAGAGCCAGAGGGAAACAAGGAGAGAAAAACUGACAUCUUUUCCCAGGAGACAAGAAGCUGGGAAGAAGAAUCCAGAGAAGGCUUUUGUGAGGAGAAGCAUCCUGUGAGCACUAUAGACCAUAAAGUAGCUAAGACGGAAGAAAGAAAGAUGGAGGAACCCCAGACUGAAGAAGUCUACAGCACUAAUGAGGUGGUGGUGGAACAGGAACAGGAAGAGGCGGAGCUGAGUGAACCCAAGGAGCCAAUGAAAGAGGAAAUACAACUAGAAGAAAAUGAAACCAUGGCAGAGGAAGACUUCGACGGCACCGAAGAAAUAAUGCAGAAGGAAAGCAAUGAAGAUAAACAUAAAAAGAGGCUGGAGAGCAGCAGCAAGGAUUUCCUUUCUGCCAGUGCCAGCUGUAACUCUCAGACUGAGAAACCUGCUGAGCAGCCGAGCUUGGUAAAGAAAAAUGAUAUCUCCAGGCACAGUUAUUCUCGAUACAAUACAAUAUCUUACCGGAAGAUCCGGAAAGGAAACACUAAACAGAGAAUUGAUGAAUUCGAGUCCAUGAUGCAUUCAUAAAACUGAGGCAGAGGAUUUGAUGGGCAUGCUGCGAUUCUCCUCCCUUCCCAAUUGCCAGACAUUUAUUCACCUAUAAUAUCAAGUUAUCAAAAUAUAUUUUGCAGCUUCGAUCCAACCUAAGCUUACCUGUAAUCUAAGGCUACAACCCUAUGCACCCUUUCUGUUUGGGAACAAGCUCUAUUGAUCAUGUUUACUUCCAGAUAGAUAUGCAUAGGAUGAGACUGCAUGGUUGCAGGCUUAUGGAUUGUUAUCUGGGAGUACUGUUUGUUGGACUAUUAGGGGACUUGCUUCUGAGUACAUAGCAUGUAGAUACGCUUGGGCUGGAAGUCUCAUUGAAAUUAACAGAACAAGUUAGUCAUGACUAACUUCACUCCUACUGCUUUUGGUGGGACUGAUGCAUGUCUGCUCAAAAGUAAGUCCCAUUGAGUUCAACUGGACUUAAUCCCGCAAGUGUGUCUAGGAUUGCAGUCAUAAAUUACAACUAACUUUCAUUGGAUUGGGGCUAGUAUGUGCAAUUUUACUGCACCUCAGAAAUGUAACCACAACAAUACAUGUAGUAACUUAAAUCAGCAGUGUAAUAACUUUAACAUAGCUCAAUCCAAAAAGGUAUUUUAGAGAUAGUUUCCCACCCCCACCCCCCAUCCAUUUUUAGUACUGAAAUGGAAUUAACAGCUAGGGGACGCCAACCUUUGGCAGCCAGCAGGCACAUUUUGAAUUUUGAAAGUGUGUUGCAGGCACCAGUCAUAAAAUGGCUGCCGUGGGGUCAUGGCAUAACACAAAACUGCUG